AUGUCUAUGUGGCAAUGAGGAAGCUGAAAGUCUGCACAGGUACAAUGAUGAUGCGGGGAACACGUUGAUGGUUAGGGACAGAGAGAGAGAGAGAGAGAGAGAGAGAGAGAGAGAGAGAGAGAGAGAGAGAGAGAGAGAUAACAUCAAUCUUGCUCUAUGGAUGGGAGGAGGAGGAGCAUCAUAACACCGCCUGAAGGACGCAGAGCUGCGGCUCGGAACCGGGCUGAGAAACCAAAUCCAGUGGGUACCGGUCUUGAGUGUAGCUGCAACAUCCCGGAUGUGGGGAAACAGCGUCCUGUAGUUCUACGUCGGGUAUUAGAAGCCGUCAUACAUAUAGCCUACAUGCGUAGCCUACGUAUUUAAAUAUGAUGUAGCCGAUACGCACUGGCUGGACAGGCGGUGAAGAGAGGUCGCUGACGGACUGUGCGUAAUGCUGAGUGGACAGCAGUGUUUCUCGCUGUAUAUUCCAGCCUAGACGGGCUAUUGACAAAGAGACUCGCACUUCUUCUGCAGUGCAGCUCGUCAUUAUAACCAGAUGCUCUCCACCGGACCGGACCCGUUCAGUUUCAUGCCGUCCAACCCGACCGGAGCCUGAGCCGAAGGAUGCAGGUUAAAAACCAGAUCUGCACAGAGCGGAGCAGCACCGACGACCCGGAGCAGGAUGACAACCAGAAGAAGACCUCGUGCUUUUCCAACAUUAAGAUUUUCCUGGUGUCGGAAUGUGCGCUCAUGUUGGCACAGGGCACCGUGGGCGCCUAUCUGGUAAGUGUUCUGACCACUCUGGAGAGACGCUUCAACCUCCAGAGUGCCGAUGUGGGCGUCAUUGCCAGCAGCUUCGAAAUCGGCAACCUGGCCCUCAUCCUGUUUGUCAGCUACUUUGGCGCCAAGGCCCACAGACCCCGCCUGAUUGGCUGUGGCGGGAUUGUCAUGGCAUUGGGGGCACUGCUGUCAGCCCUGCCAGAGUUCCUGACUCAUCAGUAUGAGUACGAGGCCGGGGACUCGUGGCACGCUGAGGACGGCAGGGAUGUCUGCUCCAACACCUCCAGGUCAGAGAACCGAGACUCUGGGUUUAAAUGUGGCAACAGAGCCAACACCAACAUGAUGUACCUUCUGCUGAUCGGAGCCCAGGUCCUGUUGGGCAUCGGGGCCACACCUGUCCAGCCUCUGGGAGUGUCUUACAUCGAUGACCAUGUACACAGGAAGGACUCCUCGCUGUAUAUAGGUAUUUUAUUUUCAACACUAGUGUUUGGCCCGGCCUGUGGCUUCAUCUUAGGUUCUGUCUGUACCAAAGUCUAUGUUGAUGCUGUCUUCAUCGACACUAGUACGCUAGACAUCACCCCAGAUGACCCUCGCUGGAUCGGGGCGUGGUGGGCCGGCUUCCUUCUCUGUGGUGCCUUACUCUUUGUGUCAGCCCUCUUCAUGUUUGGCUUCCCCCAGUCGCUGGACGAGCAGGACAUGGAUGGUGGAGGGGAGAGUGAGCAGGCCAUGCUGCCUUCUUCCCUGACCCUGGAGUACCAGGGCUCUAAACCCAACGGGGCCAUUCAUGGCUUUGAUAUAAACAGUGGACUCUCAGUUUGUGAGCAUCUGAGAGUAAUCCCCCGGGUAACCAGGCACCUUCUCUCUAAUCCGGUGUUCAGCUGCAUCACACUGGCAGCCUGCAUGGAGAUUGCUGUGGUUGCUGGCUUUGCUGCCUUCCUGGGAAAAUACCUGGAGCAGCAGUUCAACCUUACCACCUCCUCAGCCAAUCAGCUGCUAGGUAUGACGGCCAUCCCCUGUGCCUGUCUGGGUAUCUUCCUCGGGGGUCUGCUGGUAAAGAAACUGAACCUGUCAGCUUUGGGCGCUGUCCGAAUGGCCAUGCUGGUCAACCUGGUGUCCACUGCCUGCUAUGUCUCUUUUCUUUUCCUGGGCUGUGACACCGGACCUGUCGCCGGGGUGACUGUCGCCUACGGCAACGAGACGCUGAAGUCCUGGCAGCGACCUGAGUCACCGUGCAUCAAUAACUGUAACUGCUACACAGCAUCAGUGAGCCCUGUCUGUGGCUCCAAUGGAGUCACCUACCUCUCAGCCUGCUUCGCUGGCUGCACCAAACCAAACCUGACCAGCUGUACGUGUAUAUCCAGCACCAGUGAAGAUGCGGUGGCUUUACCAGGGAAGUGUCCCAGUCCAGGCUGUCAGCAGGCCUUCCUCACCUUCCUAUGUGUUAUCUGUGUGUGCAGCAUGAUCGGAGCUAUGGCCCAGACACCCUCUGUCAUCAUCCUUAUCAGAACUGUAAGCCCAGAACUUAAAUCGUAUGCCCUUGGAGUUCUGUUCCUGCUCCUGAGACUGAUAGGCUUCAUCCCUCCCCCUCUGAUCUUCGGCAUGGGCAUCGACUCUACCUGUCUGUUCUGGAGCACCGUCUGCGGCGAGAAGGGAGCAUGUAUGCUGUACGACAAUGUGGCCUACAGGCAUCUGUAUGUCAGCAUCGCCAUUGCCCUGAAGUCGUCAGCCUUCAUCCUGUACACCACCACGUGGCAGUGCUUGAGAAAGAACUACAGGAAAUACAUCAAGAACAGCGAGGGUUACCUCACACCCACCGAACUCUUCGCCUCCAAUGUGACUCUGGACAAUUUGGGCAAAGAGAUCACCCAGAACCCAGCCAACAGGACAAAGUUCAUAUACAACCUGGAGGACCAUGAGAUGUGUGACAACAUGGAGUCAGUUUUAUAGUGGCGGUCUGCAAUGGGACUGCAUACUGAGGCUGUUAAUGUGCAACUGAUCUGAUGUGCGAUGUGUCUUUGGUGUCGUAUCAGUUUAGAAGAAUGUCGUCAGUAAGGGUCUUAGCUUCUUCUCACCCAAAACAUCAGACAUAGUGAAAAAAAAUGAAGAGUUUCCCAAAAUGCUCUAUAUCCACAUUGCACUUAAUGUUUUUUUAAACUGAAAUACAUAUGAUUUGGUCAAUUUUUGUCAGACAAAAUCAUAAGCUGACUUGAAAACAUUUCUUGCGGUUAUUUUAGUUUUUUUCCCUUAAUUUGACAGCAGAAUAGAGAUUGACAGCAAACAUUAGGAAAGAAAGGAGGGAUGGCACGCAAAACAAAUGUUCCCAGCCAAAUGUGAACCAGGGACAUUGCAUUUAAUGCGUCAUACCACUAAUACACCAUGACACCUCUGGAAUGAUCCACUUUAGUUCAACUUCUUUAACAGUUCAGUUAAAAUUGGCGUCAUAUUAGGUUUUGAUUUAUUACAAGGCCAAAGCUCUUUGAGAAGCAGAGGUCUGAUAUUUUGGUUAUUCAUUAGCUUUAUUAGACAGUUUAUUUUCCUUUAGAAGGAAGUACUUCUCAGGUCCAGAUGUAAGAUAGAAAGGACAGGUCGUUCAUCAUUAGAUGAUGCAUAUUUUAGCUCAUGGUUAGAGCACUUUUCCAGACAUGCAGAACAUACUAGGCAACCCUUCCACAGACUUAUUAACAGACUUUUGUUUAAACAAAUUUAACAUAACAAAUAGGGAAAGAUAGAGAUGCAUUGUCUACAGAGGCCUGAGAAAUAGGCCCAGGGAUAGGCAUAAUCCAAGUAAUUAAGAAUAAUAAUAAAGGAAAUCACACCUGGUUGUGACUCAAUACGGCCCGAUUUCCUGGAUACAUUGUUAAAGCUUCAGUUCAGAGGAGAGGGCAGAGUCAAAGUAUAAAAGUAGUACAGACUAAAUACUCACUCCUCUAGCCUAAAAUGAAGCCAAUUAAUUUCAAACCAAUUAUACAAUAACUGCACGUUUCUUUAAUCUUAACUCCAGUGAGCCAAACCCAGAUAGUGGAAAAUUAAUGGAAGAUUUAGUUUUGUAAAUAAAUCAUAUUGCUUAGCUUAUUGUGCAAUAUCUUCUAAAACCAGAAAUGAAGAUUACAACAAUAUUUGUAACAGAAACUGAUUUUAUAUUUCAUUUUGUGCAACCUGUCAUUUUUUCAGGAGUAGAGGGCUCUGUCCUCCUGAGGGUGGAUAAUAUCCCAUUUUGGAACCAAACUCUUCAGUUUGAGUUGUUGCACAUAUUGUUCAGAUUUUAAAAACCAAGGAAUAGAGUUUUUCUCAACAGCUUUCAGUGUAAUUGGCCCGUUCUUGUUCUGGAGGGCACUUUAGGAGAUUUGUUGAAGGUAGAGCCAGUACGUAAUUAUCCCUUUACUGUGUCAUAGUGUGGAGUUUUGCUAUGAAUGCUGGAUAAGAUUGUGAGAGUAAUUUUCUGUUUCAGAGCCACAGAAAUGUUUUUUUAAACUACACACCAUUUUGUUUAUAUCAAGUUUUUCUCUCUGACAGUUAUAGAAAUUAGGUGCAAAUUCCAAAAGCAAACUUCUACGUAGGCGUAUAGCUGAUGAUGAUGAUGACACAUGAGCUGAUUCAGUAACUGAACUUGUGACAUUUCAGUUACAUGACUAUCUUCUUAACCACUGAUUUGACCGUACCACCAUUAUAAUUCUGCCAGGAACACUUGUGUAAGUGGCAAAUCGAGACAGAAAUACAGUUUGACUUGGUGGUGUAAUUCUACUCUUGGGGAUGCCCUGCAGCAGUAAUGCAUGGAAUACAUAGCUACAUGAUAAAUAACAAGCAGGGAACACUGCAAAUAAGACUCUCUAGGGUGUGUGUGUAGUAGGGCCAAAGCAGGUGGAGGCAGUUGGGGGUCGGGUGGGGUGGGGGGGGUGGGGUAUGGGCCUUCACUAAUAGAAUCAGUAACAGCAGCAAAGCUCACGUGAGCAGACAGACUGAGAGUGUGAAAGCAUUUAAGCAGAACGCCAAGUCAAGCCAGUGAGACAUGAGGAUUAGGGUGGGCUAGCUGUCAGAAGACACAGCAUAGCAUGACGCACAGUGUCCAGCCAGAAUUAGUUCAAUUAAAGCAUGCUGGUAAUGCAUGCAAUAAUAUAAAAGAAAUAUUCAGUAUGUUACUAAGCUGCACAGAUUCUGUGGUUUGGUGGCCAUGGUAAUAGUUAAAUACACAUUUAACUCGAAUGGCCUCUAAAUUCUAUUUUAGACCAUGGAAAAGCUUUAUAAUGCAUACUGCAUUGUGAUGAGCAAACCUCAGCUGAAUAAUCACUCACACUGCAGUGAUUGUCUAAACAGAUGUUUAUUGUUUGUUUUUUUUUCAAUAAUUUUUUAGAAUUCUAUGGGAUUCUGAUUUCUGACAUAUCCAGUUUAUAUAGAGAAUAUAUUGUUUUUCCUGGCUUACUUUGUAAGUAUUUACUAUGUUUUGCAUCAAAAAUUUGGACAUUUGUCCAGCCACUCACCAUCACAAUAGAUUUCAUUUCCAAAAUGUGUAAUCCCUUUGAUGUUUGGAGGUGGGGGUUAAAGGAGUAGUUCAACAUUUUGGUAAAUAAACUUGUUUACCUUCUUGCCAAAUGUUAGAUGAUUGAUACCAAUCUCAUGUCUGUAGCUUAGCAAAAAGACUGGAAAUGAGGAGAGACAAGCCUGGCUCUGUCCAAAAGUCAAACAAUUUCCACCUGCCAACACCUCUGAAGCUCAUUUAUUAAUAUAUUAUAUCGCGUUUGAUUAAUACAUACAAAAACUGAAAAUGACGCUGUCGCCCAAGGGGUUGCCUGACAACGGUUGGGUACCAUUAACAUUUGAACUGAUACUGCUACUUGGAAUUACUCUCUCUGUAAUAACAAAAUGCAAUUUCAGUUGUAAAAAAUAAUUCCAAACUUCUCUCACUACUUGCAUACUUGCAAAAAUACCGAUUCACGUACUGUUUUAGCUUAUUAAAUAGCAUGUUAGUAAGAAAGUGCUAAUAAUAAUAAUAAUAAUAAUAAUAAUAAUAAUAAUAAUAAUAAUAAUAAGUAGCUAAUGCUAGUAAAAUCAACUACGGCAGUGAAAAAAUCCCAGUUAUCUCCAACAGCAAUUUAUCCAACUAGUUAAUAAAUAACCUGAAGAUGUCAAUGCCUCACAUAAAGUUUUUUUGUCUAUCGAGGUUCUAUGGCACUGGCUGCAGGUGUGCUAAUGUUAGCUGCGGUUGCCGGAGGGGGUUUGGCUUUCAUCAAACAUGGAGCAUUUCUCCGCUUUUAGAUACAUUUUGUUUUUGACCAGUUGUUUCCUCAUUUUAGAUAGCCACCUUUGAAUUUUGCAUUACAAACAUUGCAGUGAGUGUAACCAUGCUUGCGUCCGCUUUCGGCUCGCCAUUGCGCUGACUAACUGUAACUUGAACAAGCUGCAGGGGUGACGUAGUCUCGCUCUCUCUCUUUUUCUCUACUAGAAAUUACUCUUUCGCCAGGUACCAACAUUUGGCACUGAUUGAUUUACCGUAAAAGGUACUUGGUAGUACUGAUGUAAUUCAGUCUGUACCUUUAAAAGUACCGGGUUCGGUACCCAACCCUCGACCCUACUGGCAACUACACAGGGACAAAAAACUCCAGGAAGUCACUGUACCCCGCAAAGGAAUAGUCACGCUUAUAACUCCCUGCAAAAAACAGAAACACCUGGUUGUUGUUCGGGUUAAACAAACAAGAUGUUUGCUGUUAAUAGGGAAGCUUUAGAGGUGUUCAUAGAUGGAUUUUGUUACGGGAGCCAGGGUAGCUGUUUCCCCAUUUUCCAUCUUUGUACUUAAUUAAGAUAAUCAGCUGCUGGUUGCAGCUUCAUACACAGACAUGAGAGUGGUAUCUAACUAUUGGCCAGAAAGCAGCGUAUUUCCUAAAAAUUCACCUACAAAGUUCUAUGAUUCAGUUUAAUUUUAUGCUGCCACUCUUUUUUUUUUUUUGCAAAUGGUGGAAAUUAUUUUGGGUCCACACUACUCAUAUGUAUUUAGUUUGUAUUUAGUUUAUUUAGUUUAGUUAGUAGUAUAAACUAUACAUUGAUGGUGCUUCAGCAUCAUAGAAAAUAAAGAGAAUAUUAUAUCAGAUGGGGAAAACAGCUGGAAAAUGUUGAAGAUCAACAAUGGACCUAAAUUCAAUACAGAGCCAUGCCAAACCAGACCAGACUAAACUAAUGCUUGGUUUGAUGUGAACUACGAGGGUAUAAAUACAGAUUUUUUGAAUCGCAGUGAGACUUAAAUUCUUAAACUGGAAGAAUGUUUGGGCCCCAAUUAGGUAGUGUUUGAAAUUGUUUCCAAGCUCAAAAUUUGACAGUCCCUGAUGGGAGGACUGGCUCCUAGUGAGACAUUCAGGACAGCCGGACAUUAUGCUGAGAUGUACAAACAAUUCAAAAAGAAACAGGGAGGGAGGUGUUACCUAACAUUACCAGCUGGCCAUCAUCUCCUCCUCCAGCAAGCCCCAAAAGGUGGCGCUGUCUUUGAUAACUGUAAUGUCCAGUGUGUCAUAGUGCUGACUCCUUUGUACAUAAUAGUGCCAUACAAGUGCCAAAGUGACACCAUAGAAGUGUUCUGUAAUGUCCUGCAGAGUACUUUGUCUCACCACGCUGGAGCUCCGAGCAGAUCCUCCAGCUAUAUGUAGCCUUUCUGUGAUAUCCCUCCACUUACUUUCACCAUAUCAUACAAAAGUGUCCCAAAAACAUAUUGCCUAUAAAAUAUUGUAUAUGGGUCUAGAAAACAGUAUUAUUUAGGAUGUAAUAACUGUUAAUAUGUAGGACUUUUCUACUAGUGAAGGUAUUGUCUAAUUUAGAUUAAUCUCUCUUUCCAUCAGUGGCAAAGCUGAUAACUGUUUGUUGCUUUGGUCCAAAUAAAAACAAUACUUUGCUUGAAAUAAGUGGCACCAAUGUUAAGCUAUUAGCCUGACAUUGUACAGUAGAUACGGUUGACUGUAGAAAAUCAGCCAAACUUCACUGAUAGCAGUCCUGCACCUGUGCCUGGAUAUUAAGCUCUACUCUGAGACUUUCUGAUGGGAGCCUAUGUUGUGCCAUAUCAACCUGUGCACUGUAACAUUCAACACUCGCGAAGAAGAAGCCAACAUAUUCUAGGUCUGUCUAAUGCGCUGGCAAGUGUGACAGCGCUUGCUUGACCUUGUAUUCACCUGCGGCGCCAGGACUGUUUUGCCUUGUGAUGAGAAAAUAACUUUGGAGCAUAAAUGUUUUUUUACAUCCUAUUUUUCUCAUUAUUCUCUUUUGAUGACCUUGCCUUGUGGUAACAGCAGGAUGACUUUUAUAGUGGAAUCUUUAGUGACAGAAGUAUUGACAUAUGAAGAGUUUACUGCCAAAAUACGACAUUUUCAGACAAAAAAAGUCCUGAGAUUUAUCAUUAAAGAGACAUUUUAACAUCAAUGGACAGCUGUCCUGUAAAUAGGUCCAUAAUUUGUUUUUCGUUGCUGUCAAUUAUUUCUUAUGGAUAGUCACAUUUUGUAAAUGAUGUAUGUUAUUUUGGAAGCAAACUCUUCGUAUGUAGAUAGAUAAUCCCUCGGUUUGAGCCUUUAGGCAGCAUGUUGCCUUUGAUUCAAGUGAAACCACGUGCUAACCAUGUUAGUGACGGUUUUAGAGUGAUGUAUUUGAUUAUGUUGUCGGUGGUAUUCAAUGUGUGAAUUUCAUGGCUCUUUGCAGGAGGACCUUUGAAAAGUAAAGGGCAUUGAAAUAGGAAAAUAUCACCUAUAUUUUCAAAGCAUCACUAAAGAUUUUUAGAUAUGCUCUAUUGCUUCUUUGAUUUGUUUUCUUUUUUCGUUAAAUUAUAUGAAUUUAUAUUUAAAAGCUUUAUGUUCUGUAUAUUUCUUGGAAAAGAUUACAUGAUUGUAUGUUUAUUGUAAAUACAUUAAAUAUACUAUUUUUGUUUUUAA